UGAAAGAGCUAAGCCACGCCCAAAACUUUACUCGCGUCUUCCGUGCUCUGCAGCUGAUCAGGCGGCAUCCGGGUUGCGAGGGGCAACAGGCGGUAGAAGCUGCGGGGGUCUCGUCCAGAUUGAGGAAAUUCCUGUAGACCCCUGGUAGAUGCUGCCUGCUCGGUCAUACGGAAUUGUGAUAGAAGAAAUCAUCCUUUAAACAGCUGAGCUGAGCCCUGGAGAAUUACAUGGAGUGUGGUGUCAGCAGUUAAGGAGAAUAUGGCCUUGUUCUUUAAAGUCAAUAGGCCUGCGGUGGCUUAUUCUAUGACCACACUUGGAGCAGGGAUGAUGAACGCUGUAUUUUACUUCUACUACGUGAAGCUGUUUCUUAACCGUUACAAGAUAUCUGAGGCUGCGUUUCAUCAGGCACAGGUUGUAUUCAUGAUUUGGAACGCCAUCAAUGACCCGCUGUUUGGUUAUAUACAAGAUAAUUCCAAAGUACAGUGCUGCAAUCGACGUCGUCAUUCCAUACUGUAUGGAGCCCCAUUAUAUGGCUUAGCCUUCCUGCUUCCUUGGUUCCCAUGGAAAGAUUAUUCUGAAGGUGAUUGGCUUAGCGGCCUUCAUCUUAUGGUGGCCCUGUGUGUGUUUGAUGGCAUGCUUACAUUCGUUCUUCUAGCCCAGUGUGCCCUUUUUGCAGAAAUGUCCAGCAGACAUGAAAGUCGACUCCAGCUUAUAAAAUAUAAUCAGGUGGCAUCAUUGUUGGGCUCUUCCAGCAUCUUGAUCUGUGGGCUGGUGUCUGACAACAUGGAAAAUUUCUCAAGCUUUCAGGCCUUUACAUUGUUUCUGGCUAUUGUAUCCACUGCAUGCAUGUGUUGCACCGGUAUGUUUGGUGUAAGCCAGUAUGAGCAGAUGCCGAAAACUUCUGAUAGCUGCCGAUCUGAGCCUGAACUUUCAUGGGCCUCAGUCUUAAGCCUUACCAAGCAAAUCCUCACACAAAAGAACUUUAUUCUUUUUGUUGCUAUGAAUUUUUUCCAAGUCUUUCACGGUACUUUCUGCAGCAACUUCAUGAUUAUUUUCGCGGACAAUCUCAUCCCUAAAGAUGCACUGCCAUCUUUUGUAAGGAGCAUCAUGUAUGGAGCCGGCUUCAUUUGCCCACAGCUUCUUGUGCUUACCAAUCACUAUUUGUUGUCCAAGAUUGGUUACUACAAAGUGAUCCUGUAUAUUUUCUACAUAGAGGGAGUUAUGUCAGUUUUGAUGUACUUAAUAGGACCUCAGCAUUACUAUAUACUGGCUGUGUUUCUGACAGCUAACAUGGUACUUGUGCAUGCCUCUUUUAGUUUAUUUAAUCUUCCCCUUGCUGAUAUUGUGGAUGCUGACUUGGAAAAAUACAAACGCAAGUCUCCGCUGUCCUCUAUGGUGUUUGGAACAAAUGCUCUCUUCACAAAGCCUGCUCAGUCUCUUGCUCCAAUGCUGGUUGUGACAAUACUGAACCAAUAUGGAUAUGAACUUUUAACCAACAAGACUGCUAUACCAGAUCCCAGUUUGUUUUUAGGUCUCCAUGAUGCAAUGUUCAACUUGGCGUGCAUUAUUCCUUUAUGCCUUGCCGCAGUUCAGAUCUUCCUUUGGACACCGUACUCGAUCCGGAGUAGUCAUGUGGUUUCUGCAUAUUAAAGGACUCACUGGAUAGUUUCCUUAAGGAUUAUUUGUUUAGUCAGGAAGAACAGACAAUUUGUGCCUUAUCGCAGUGACUUUUUUAAUAUGGGCCUGGUAUGUGACCUGUACUUUACAGUUCUUAGGUAGUUUAAUGAACUUUAAGGUGCCAGUUAAAUUUUUUUUCUUAAUCAAAUCACCUGUGACUUUUGCAAGUUGCUUUCUCUCAACAGGAUUACCAGCCACUGGAUUAAUUAGUAUUCCAUGAAAAUUGCACACGUGCAUCUCUGGGUGGAAAUUUGGGUGUUGGGCUACUACUGGUUCUUCCUGGUGUUCUCUAAAGUGCAGCUACUGAAAACAAAGCAGCUGUAAGUCACAGGUAUUGCAAUAAAAGUGCUGUGUGCAGGCCUGGACUGGCAAUCUGUGGGUUCUGGCAAAUGCCAGAGGGGCUGCUAUAAGGUCUCAAAGAAAGCCAGUAUUUAGUGGGCUGGUGGGGGCUGUUUGGGCCUCUGUGUGGGCUGAUUAGGCCUCUAUGUACCUGAAAUGCCAGAGCCUAUUUUAAUUCUCAGUCUGGACCUGGCUGUGUGCCAUAGCUGUUACGACCUUUGAGGCCUAGUGUUGAAUAGCACUCCUUUGUGAUGAGUACAUGAGUUAUGUUGCACAGUACUACCUGCAUUUUGGAGACAUCCAAAUCUCCAUCCAAAAACCCAGGGGCCCAGGUGUCCAAUGGGAUUAUAAUUGGGGCUCCUUGGGGUGAGAGACUGGCUAAUUUAGCAAUGUGAGGCCCCGUGAUUAAAUGGAGUGAACUGGUGAUGAACCUGAGCCUUGAUGUCUAUUCUGCUGUAAAACAGGAGGCUGCCUGCUACAGAAUAGGAGCCAUUAUACUAUGACUCUGCUUUGUACCGAUAUAGUCAAAUAGAUUUAAUGUUAAAUAUUCUGGUACAUUUUGUUACCAGAACAUUGUAUGCAGUAUAUUUUUUUUAUUUGUAUGGUAAGGAUAGAAGGAUAUAUUUUUGCACUUUUAUAUAUUCCAUAUUUGACCUAAGCCUAAUAUUGUUUGUAUUUUACAAGGAAUGUGGGGUUGAAAAUGGCUCAUGAGAAUGGAAUAUAGUUCCACCUGAUAAGCACUACCAUAUGUGAUGUCUCAUACAGUUUAAAAUUCUGUGUAUAGCUAUGAUAUUAUCUGUAGUUGGGUUCAAAUUCUGUGUCUUGGAUAUUAUUUCUGUAAUGUCAGAAAAAUUAUAUUUUUAUAUUGUUUUUGGUGUUGGUAUAAAGGACUUUGUCAGUUAACAAUGUGCAUUUGUU